UCAAACCAUAUCUACCGGUCGACCUAUAAUAACGAUAAUGAAAAGUCCGAGGAUGAUCGUCACUCCAGGUCCAAGUCGGCCUAUUGUCGUUCGUUUUAUACACUUUUAGUAUAACUCUGAAUAUCGAGUAAAUCAUGCAAGUCCCAAAUGAAGACGAGGCGCCUGUCGAAUCUGAAGUUGAAACCCCCCACAUUGAAACGACAGAAGAGGCGAUACAAUUCAUUACAAGCAUUGAGCCAUCCGAGCUGCAGAAAUGUCUGUUUUCAGACUCUCUGGUGACGGUGUCAGAGGGAGGCAGAGACCUAGGCGAGUUCAGCCUAACGGUGGACUUUGCCAGCCGAGGCCCGCAGCCCUGUUUACUGUUGCGCGCCGUAAGCAGAGGAACCAUCGACGGCACCCCUUGCGGAACAAGAGUGACAGCCUACCUCUCUGCUGCCAUGGAGACACUGGAAGAGGACCUCCAUGAAUAUGUCCAGCUGCCCGACCACAAGAUGGAGAGGAGGUGUCACAUGGUGCAGCGAGACGACAGGAUGAUGGUGGACAGGAUCACCACUGCAGGGCAGGAGGUGACGCGGCAGAGCGACAGCUACUGCCUGUCUGCUGUAAGAGGGCUGCUGAGCGAGGGCUCCAGCAUGCUGCUGAUGCGUGUGAUGGCACUGAGGAGGGCUGUGCCAGAGACCCUGACCCUCCCCUCCCUCCACCAGGGACCACAGCUCAGACAAACCACCUUCAGGUCACUAGGGGUGAAGCAUCUGGCGGUGGGGCCAGAGACAUUGGAGGUGUUUGGUGUGGAGCGGGCGGUCGAGGCUCCCGGGGAGGUCCCCGCUAUCUGGCGCUGCUUCUUCCUGGCCGAUGGGCACCUGGCCAGCAGGGAGCAGGUGGGGUCACCUGUAACCAUGAGGCUUCUGCAACUCCCCCCACAGUUUGAAAAGGAUGCAGAGAAUGACAAGCCAUCCUUUGGGAAGACACCUCUGGUCUGGGAGGAGGACAUGGAGAUGCAUUCCAUGUUCCUUGACAGAAAGGAGGAACUCAUGGCGGACCACACCUCAUACCUACGACAGCAUCCGGAGCUGCGACACCUGCUGGCUGACUUUCUGCAGUUCCUGUUGAUACGGAAACCGGACAACGUCGUACAUUUUGCGAAAGAGUACUUCCUUCCUUUCGGCUCACAGUGUAGUCCAGAAACCAAAACAUAAUUUAGACCUCAUCCACUCCUGAGGACAUAUACAGAAUCUGGGUGCUAGACUUGGUAGUUUCUUGUCAAUCCCGUAGUAUAAAAAAUAAUAACUUUAGCAUCCCUUAUAUAUUUUUGAUUUCCUGUGCACUGUAGUUGUGUUUUAAUAAAGUUGAAUGGUUUGA